AUGGAUGUUCAAAAUGCUUUCCUCCAUGGCAUCUCGAAGCUGGUUUCACAAGUUCUCUUCAUCCAUUGCCAACAUUGGGUUCAAUUAGUCGAAAGUCGAUUAUUCCUUAUUUGUGAAGGGAAUGAUGAGGCAGCCAUAUGUGAUCUUAAACAUUUUCUCAACACUUACUUCAAAAUCAAAGACCUCGGACCAUUAAAAUACUUUCUAGGAGUUGUGGUUGCACGAUCCAGGUCAGGCAUCACCAUUUGUCAAAGAAAAUACACUCUAGACCUGCUGGAAGAGGCCGGCUUACUUGGUGCAAAACCUGCAAAAUUCCCAAUGGAGCAGACCUUGAAACUUAAUCCAAUGGAUGGUGAUCUUCCAAGAAGACCUCACCUUAAUGCAGUUCUUUGCCUCAUUUGUUACUUGAAAAAUGCACCAGGUCAAGGCCUCCUUUUUCCCACACAUAGUUCUUUAAAACUCAUGGCUUAUUGUGAUACUGAUUGGGCUGGUUGCUAG